AUGGCAGCAGGAGCCUCUCUGAAGCGGAUCAAGGAGGCAAGUCCAACACCCGAAACCAACCACGAGCUUGGAUUCAUCAAAAAGGUGGUUUUCAAGCUCCACGACACGUACGCCAACUCCACUCGAACGAUAGAAGAGCCUCCCUUUGAGGUAACGGAAACAGGGUGGGGAGAGUUCGAAAUCAGCAUCCGGAUCUUCUUCCCCACGGAAAUGGGAGAGAAGAACAUUCUACUGUACCACCAUCUCAAGCUGCAUCCCUACAAGAAGGACAAUAUUCCUGCUCAAAUCGGAGCACCAGGAGGAGCCCCUAACGCCAAUGAGGAUGAGGAGAACACGAAUGUCCCGCAACCAGUUGACUCAUACGUGUACGACGAGCUGGUGUUCAACGAACCGUCAGAACAGAUGUUCGAACUGCUCACAUCUAGGCCUGGCGCUCUGCUGCCGGCAAAGUCGGAUCCCAACGAUCCCAGUAAGUCGUACUCGUUGCAAACAGAGGCCGAGGAGCUGGACCGACUCACCGCGGGUCUGGAAACGGUGUACCAGCAGGUGCAGAAGACCAAGGAGUAUAUUCUUCAGCUGGAGAAGGAAAAAGAGACUCUGUCGCAAUAG